ACCAGGCGUGCAUUGCUACUACCAGGCGUGCUCAGAUAGUAUGCCAGCUGAGUAUGCAGCAAGGAUAAUGUUCUAAGAGUCAAAUUUAUUCUAAUAAUGCGACCGUGUUUCUUCUUGAACCUACAACAGUUUUAGAGUUUACUGUGUGAGUUUGUGAUGGCUACUACUGAGAUGGACUCUGGGUCUUCAGAAAUCAAGUCAGAGCAAGGAACAGCUGACCCAGAUUCAAAAUAUCCACUCAAGGUUCUUUAUUGUGGAGUGUGCUCCCUGCCUACAGAGUACUGUGAGUACAUGCCUGAGCCAGUCAAGUGCAGACAGUGGCUUGAGAAGAACUUUCCAGAUGUGUUUGCCAGGAUGACUCUAGCUGCAAAUGCACCAAAGCAGGAACCUGGCUCUGGAGAACCACCUCAUGUAGGCGAAGAGGAGGAGAAGAAGAAACAAAAGAGAGGUGGAAGAGGCCAAAUCAAACAGAAAAAGAAGACUGUGCCUCAGAAGGUUACAAUAGCUAAAAUACCAAGAGCCAAGAAGAAAUAUGUCACACGGGUUUGUGGCCUGGCGACAUUUGAUAUUGACCUUAAAGACGCUCAGCGAUUCUUUGCUCAGAAAUUCUCUUGUGGUGCCUCGGUAACUGCAGAGGAUGAAAUAAUCAUUCAGGGAGAUUUCACAGAUGACAUAAUCGAUGUCAUUCAAGACAAGUGGCCUGAGGUGGAUGAUGACAGCAUUGAUGAUCUGGGUGAAGUCAAGAAGUGAAGACCAAAUAUGCACUUUCACUGAAAUGGAUGUGACCUGUAACAGCAACAGCCUGGCCAAAUGUACACAUUGUCGUUUUAUACCUAUUUUAUUCACUGUACAUAAAAAUCUGCAGACAUGGCCACUCACUUGGCUUUUUCUUUUAGUUCAUAGCUGCUUUCUGUCAUUUGCCAAAGGCGUGGUAUGACCUGAGUCCUUCACAAAUAUUCUUCACUCACUCAAAAUGUAGGCUAAUAAAUUCUCGUCUCUUGAAUUUAA